CACUAAUUAUAAUAUACAAUUACCGGAUUUAGGCUCUACAUCAGUUAACAUAAUCUUUUGUAAACAAAUAUAAUGCAAUUAUGCUCAUCUAAAUCAAGUAAAUGUAAAGAAUAAUUGCAAUUCUUAUGAUUAUAAAUUUAUUAUGAAAUAUUAAAAAUAAUAAUCAUAGCAAUGAUGAGACACGUAAUUAUAGCCGGAGGGACUGGAUUUAUUGGAUCAGCUCUUGUACAUGUUUUAAAAACAGAAGGGUUUUCAGUAACAGUUUUAACUCGAAAACAAAAAAAAAAUCCACAAGAAAUGUCAUGGACUGAAGUUAAUGUAAAAGGACUUCCAAAAACUGCAACAGAUAUAAUAAAUGUAGCUGGUCAAAAUGUACUAGAUUUACGUUCACGCUGGACUCCAAAAUUUAGAGAAGCCGUUUGGCAGAGUAGAGUUAAUACAAAUCGAAUACUUGCAGAGGCAAUUCCUAAUUCAAAUGUAAAAUGUUUCAUUUCAAUUUCUGGAGUAGCAUAUUACCCACCAAGUGAUACAAGGGAGUAUACUGAAUAUGAUAAAUGUGAAAAAUAUGACUUUUUCUCAGACUUGGUACACAAUUGGGAAGCGGCGUCAGAACUUCCAUCCACUAGUAACUGCAGAAAAGUAAUUAUUAGAUCUGGAGUAGUUCUCGGAAGGAAAGGAGGAAUAAUUCAACAAACGUACUGGCCUUUUUUCUUUGGAUUAGGCGGUCCUCUAGGAGAUGGUAGCCAGUAUAUGCCUUGGAUUCACAUAGAUGAUUUGGCAGAAUUAUUUCUUUUUGCUUUAAAUGAGGAGAAGGUCGAUGGUAUAUUAAAUGGCGUUUCAACUCAGAUGAUCACCAAUAAACAAUUUGCCACUGCCUUUGCAAAAUCAUUGCAUAGACCGGCAAUUAUUCCACAACCAAAAUUUCUUUUGGAUCUUCUUUUCGGAAAAGAACGAGCUACGAUUGUUACGGGAAGUCAAAAGAUAUUUCCUAAACGACCAUUAGAAUAUGGUUUCAAGUACGGUUACUCAGAUAUCAAUGAUGCAUGUCGACAGUUUGCCAGUUUAAUGUAUACAGAUCCUUACUGAAGGGAUUAUUAUUUAGUAAAAUAAUAAAUACAUUGCUGUAUUUAUUUAAAAAUUAGAAACUUUAUUAUUUUUAAUUGUAUUUUUUUGUAUGAUAAUAAUAAGAAUUAUACGGCUUGUUAUAAACGAA